AGUUUUAUGCGUGGAUUCGUCUUCCUUUUACCCGCAUUUUACAAGUCCAUAUCUCCUCAUGCCAAAACCCUAGUGAUUUCUGCACGGAAACCGUCCGCCUCUCUCUCUCUCUCUCUGUAACACACUUGCAGAAGGUUUCUUGCAUCUCAGCUUUCGGGAUGGACGUGGACUCUGAAUCAAACACUAGUAAACCUGUAGAGAUGGACAUGGAAGAAUCGGGGGGAAGAGAGGUCAAAGAAACUGAUUUGUUGGAUUCAAUGGAAAAGAUGAAUCUUUCUGAGCCACUGGAGUCUUCUUCUUCUUCUAGCAUUAGUUUCAAGAGGAAGCCUGUCAUCAUUAUUGUUGUGGGAAUGGCUGGGAGCGGGAAGACUACUUUUCUCCACAGACUUGUUUCUCACACUCAAUCUUCCAAUAUACGAGGAUAUGUUGUUAAUCUUGAUCCAGCAGUCAUGACUCUUCCAUAUGGUGCAAACAUUGAUAUAAGAGAUACUGUUCGCUACAAGGAAGUCAUGAAGGAGUACAAUCUCGGUCCUAAUGGAGGAAUUCUAACAUCGCUCAAUCUAUUCUCCACUAGAUUUAACGAGGUUGUAUCCCUGAUUGAGCGGCGUGCGGAUCAACUUGAUUAUGUUUUGGUGGACACCCCUGGGCAAAUUGAGAUAUUUACCUGGUCGGCUUCAGGAGCUAUAAUCACAGAAGCUUUUGCUUCUACCUUUCCCACGAUCAUAGCAUAUGUGGUUGAUACUCCACGCUCUUCUAAUCCUGUUACUUUUAUGAGUAACAUGCUCUAUGCGUGCAGCAUUCUGUAUAAAACAAGGUUGCCUUUGGUCUUGACAUUUAACAAGGUUGAUGUAAGCAAGCAUGAAUUUGCUCUGGAGUGGAUGGAAGACUUCGAGGCAUUUCAGGCUGCUUUGGAUUCUGAUACUUCAUACACUUCAACUUUAACGAGAAGCUUAUCUCUUGUACUCGAUGAGUUCUACAAAAAUCUUCGAUCAGUGGGAGUUUCAGCAGUCUCUGGUGCUGGAAUGGAUACCUUCUUUAAGGCAAUUGAAGCCAGUUCUAAAGAUUACAUGGAGAAUUACAAGGUUGAUCUUGACAACAGGAUAGCAGAGAAGGAUAAGUUGGAAGAAGAACGUAGACUGUUAAACAUGGAAAAGCUAAAAAAUGAUAUGGAAAAAACCAAAGGGCAGACUGUGGUGAUGAGUACUGGGUUGAAGAACAAGGAAUCUGGCAAGAAGAAGAUUGACGAAGAGGAAGAUGAAGAAGAGGACGAGGAAGAAGAGUACGAGGAUGUAAAAUUAUUCUCUGAAGAUGAAUAUGAAGAGGAAUAUGAAGAGGAUGAAGGAGAGGAUGAAGAGCUUGCUCAUUUUGCUUUCUAAAGUAAUGUGAUUUUACCCGUUGCAGGUUCCAGCUUGACACAGUAUGCAAGUGCUCUGAUCGAAACUCCUGUAUAUUGGUUCCAUAGAGAUUGAAGCUCCUCUGCUCCUGUACAUCUCGAAUCCUAGAAAACUCUUUGAGGCUUCUUGGAACGCAGCGCUUUGGAACUGCUUUCUAUCCGUAACCUGAUCGCUUUACCUAAGAGCUUGUAAUUCAUGAGAUUUACUUUGGUAAACUGGUACAUUUUUUAUCUUUCUGGGCACUGACAUUUGUUAAAUAUUGUUAACCAUUUUAUUACUGGGACAAGUUUUGAUUUGAGGUUAUGAGAAA